CAGGAACAUUAUAUAGAUUAUUAAAUAAAUUAUUACUUGGUGGUUCUAGAAGAAUUCAGCUAAUUGAAAUUUACAUUCUAUUUUUAUAUUCAAUUGAAUAAAUUUUAUUUUCGAAUAUUAUUUCUACUCAGAAUCAAAGAUAAUAACAUAAGUUCCGUCUUCUCAAUGGAAAAUGUACAAAGCGAAGAUUGUUCCUAGUAUUUAUGACAAUUCCCGAAAGUAUUUUGAUAGCCUAUUAUUAAUCGAGACGUAGGUUGUAGGAUAUCCGUACGUUCAGUAUGUUUUUUAAGAAACAUUAAUAUUUAGGCUUAAUAUUUGAGAUUUGAAAAUUUAUAAGAGUGAAUGAACCAGAUGUUGCACUACACAAUACAAUAGACACUUUGAAUGCAAUCGAAUUGAAUGUCGCAUAUAGCAUCAACUCAAAAUUUGAUAUAGGUAUAGAAAUCGAAGCAAAAAAACAUGGAAAUAUAUGACGUGCUUGAAGAAAAAAAAAUCGUGCUACCUCACGAACAUGUUAUCUAGAAACGACAGGCCGGAAAAAAACAAAUCAUAAUAGAUCAUGGCAACGACAGCAUACAGCACAUUUUUCCAAGACCUCAUGUCGUUGAUAAAUGAAUAUUUAUAAUAUUAAUCGUUCGUCCAACGUUUGAUAAAGUGCUCUAAAUUGUCUGUUCGAAAUAGCCACCAGCAAAUAAACUUGUUGAUUAUUAUUGCAUUUGUCGGUGUAAAAAACGACAUUACGUAAUCGAAUCGUCGAAAAUGAAAUUCACACUGCCUAGAAUGGUUUGCGUGGAUUUGUGACUGUGUUAUCAGUCAUUUUAUACUCAAUAAAAUGAAAAUAUCAAUGUAAAAACGGUUAUCACAAACGAGAAGAAAAAAAAUCAUGGAUAGAAACAGAAUGAUAUUUCAAAAUGCAUAGCAUGGACAUUGUACACAUGCAGCGAAUACAUUUUUAAGCUAAUCAAUGGCAAAAAUAUGUAUGAAAUGAGUUGAUAAAGAACACAGCACUUGUCAACCGAUUGCCUCUUUAAUUGAGCUCAUCAAAAUGCGUUCGAGGUAUUAUACCUUAUUGAAAACUUAGUUCCAACUACGCGUUAUCGGUGGGAAGAGUAGAACUUCAAUUACAAAUAAGUAAACAACAACACUUGAUCGCUACAUUUUUUCCACUCAGUUUUUUAAUCAAGCGUUGGACAACGUUGGAAACAAUUUUCAUUCAAAAAAAACACCCCAAACAACCAAUUCAUAUAUAAAAUAUGAAAAAUUCAUUUUAUGACGCGUUUACAAAAUUAAAAGCAAAGACACACAUGAGCGGGAGCGAGUGAGAAUGUGUCCAAAUUGGCUUUAUUAUUCGUUCUGUGCGUAAACCGUCGAGUCAUACGACAAAAUAUUCAUCACAAAAACAAGUCCAAAUAAACGAGCGAAUCGAAUUGAAAAACACGACACACAACAACGACAGAGGAGCAGCAGCAGCGGUAGUGAGGCAACAGCAGCCGCAUCAGAUUACCAACAUCAAGAUAAUAAAAGAAUGCAUGUGAUAACACAAAAACGGCAAAAAGAAUUAUUAAGCCAGAGAGAGAAACAAACAGAGUGCGAGCAACGAAUAAAUCGCAACGCCCAACGCACGUCAAACGUACACAGAACAACGAAAAAACAUUCAAGACAGAGAACGAGUGCUGCGGUUGAAUAGAUGAACAGAAAAGAAAGACUAAGGCGAAAGAGACAAAGUGAAUAUAUUCCAUUGAAAGCAGCAUUCAAUAUAUCAGUUCAUUGAGUUCAAGUAACCAAACCAGAACGAAGAAACCAGCGGUGACUUGCAAAAGAAAUUUUUGUAUUUGAAACGAAAUUUUUGCCACAAACAACGUAAAAAUGGUUAUUAACUUUGGUGCUGGACCGGCUAAAUUGCCAAAAGAAGUUUUUGUUGAGGUGCAACAAGAAUUGCUCAACUAUGCAAAUACCGGUUUGAGUAUUAUGGAGAUAUCGCAUCGAGCAAAGGACUAUAUCACUUUGCAUGAUGCAACCAUGCAAUCAGUUCGGGAUAUUUUAAAUUUGCCAGACAAUUACAAAGUCAUAUUGUUGCAAGGCGGUGCAACAGGUCAAUUUGCUGGCGUUCCCCUGAAUUUGAUUGGUCGUACCGGCACUGCCGAUUAUAUUGUUACAGGUGGCUGGUCGUCAAAGGCAGCAAAAGAAGCAGCCAAAUACGGUAAAGUUAAUUUGGUGUUGCCAAAAGUCAGCAAACACACAACCAUUCCCGAUCAAUCCACGUGGAACUUAGAUCCGAAUGCAUCGUACGUAUACUACUGCGACAAUGAAACUGCUGACGGCGUCGAAUUCCCAUUCAUUCCAGAAACAAAUGGCGUGCCAUUGGUUGUUGAUAUGUCAUCAAACAUCUUCUCAAGAACAUUCGAUAUCACUAAGUUCGGUAUUGUUUACGCCGGUGCACAAAAGAACUUCGGUCCAGCAGGCAUAACACUUGUUAUCGUGCGUGAAGAUCUCAUGAACCAUGCAUUGCCAAUUACACCUGCAAUUUUGAACUACAAAGACAACUUCGCUGCUGAUUCCGAAUACAAUACACCACCAACAUUCAUUAUUUACGUUGUUGGCAAAGUAUUAAACUGGAUCAAAAAAUCCGGUGGCAUCAAAGCAAUGGCUGACAAUUCACAAAAGAAAUCGCAACUGGUGUACGAUCGCAUCGAUAAUUCGGGUGGAUUUUAUAGUUGUCCAAUUGAAAAGCCAUAUCGAAGCCGAAUGAAUGUUGUUUUCCGUAUUGGAGGUGGUGAUGAGGCUUUGGAAGCGGAAUUCUUGAAAGGUGCCCAAGAAUUGAAGAUGACCCAACUGAAGGGACAUCGAUCAGUCGGUGGUAUUCGUGCAUCUCUUUACAAUGCCGUCACACUCGAUGACACCGAAACUCUCGUUAAGCACAUGGACGCAUUUUUGGCCAAGCACAAACAAUAAACGAAAUCCAUUUGUUUUUUUUCCGGUUGAAUUUAUAAAUUCAAUUUAUUUUUCUAUAAUAUGAUUGCCAUUGGCCAUCGAAAGCUAUCAAUAAAGUAAAUAAUCUCGAUAAAA